AUGGAAAAAAUUCUUUCAGAAACAGAACAAACAACAACCACAACGGAUUUCACGACAACAACCACUGUUUCUACAUCCAUCACAACAUCGUCAACAACUCAAACUGCAACAACGACCGUGUCAAUUAAUGAAACAGAGUCAGAGAAGAGUGAAACGGAUGUUGAGCUUCCACCCUUUUUCAAAAAUUUCACCGAGUCCGGAAUCGAAACAAACUCCUCCGUCAUUCUCAAAUCGCAUCAAAACUCAACAAUCAUCGAAGAAGAACUCGAAAUUGUCCAGCUCGUGCGCGUCGCUGCCCCAACACCAGAUAGUGUCAAAGGAACAUUACCGUCCCUAAUUCUCUCGACAGUCAUUCUCGUCCUUUUUUCCAUCUUCUAA